UAGAAAUCAUUUAGACAAAAAUAAUAUAGUGUAGCUAAAACGUUUCUUUUUUGUUACAGACCAAACGUAUGCCGAUCACGAACGAGGAGUUACUGUUGUCCAGGAUGGCAAAGGCACAAUAUUAUAGGACUUUGUAUAUUACCGGUUUGUUCGAGAAGUUGUGGAUAUGGUCAGUGCGUUUCGCCUAACGUAUGUCUUUGUGAAGGAGGCCAAAGAUCUUCUACUUGUGGACCUGGAUCAAAGCAAAUACAAGGUCUCGAUGGAAAAUCUUGUAGAGCGAUUUGCAUGAACGGCGGAUCAUGUGUAGAUGGAAAGUGCGUCUGUUCAGCCGGUUAUAGUGGAGAAUUCUGCACAGAACCUAUUUGUGAAGAACAGUGUAAAAAUGGCGGUAGAUGUAUUGGACCUGAUAGAUGUGCCUGCUUUUACGGUUUUUCGGGAAAUCACUGUGAAAUAGAUUACAGGACGGGACCGUGCUAUACUGGAUAUAGAGGAAAUCUUUGCGUGAAUCAACUAGAAGGAGUAGUCUGCACCAAGACUUUAUGCUGCGCCACAGUAGGAAAAGCAUGGGGACAUCCUUGUCAACAUUGUCCUUCCAGGUUAGACUGUGAAACUGGUUAUUUGAAAAACCUCAAAACUGGGGAGUGUGUAGAUAUAAACGAAUGUGAAGCAAUUCCUCACCUUUGUCAAGGCGGUUCUUGUGUCAACUCAGUAGGAUCCUUUACUUGUGAAUGCCCACCCGGUCAAACCAGGAAUCCCGCUACAAACAGUUGUGAAGAUAAAAAUGAAUGCGAAGAGGAAGAUGUGUGUCAAGAUGGUAGAUGUAUUAACACCAAUGGUGGUUUUAUCUGUCUUUGUAAUCCUGGAUUUAUCCAGAGUCAAGAUAAGACAUACUGUAUUGAUGGUCGCCAAGGCCUGUGUUACACGCAAAGAUCCCCACAAGGACGUUGUAGUAAUAACCUACAGUUCAGACUGUCCAAAAAAGACUGCUGUUGCGGUGUUAAUAUGGGUCAAGGAUGGGCAAUGUAUACCGGAGAAGAGUGUGCUCCAUGUCCUGAAUAUGGAGAAGAUGAACAUCGUCGACUGUGUGAAGCUCAUCCUACACAUCCUCUACAACCAGGUGGUGCUACGAUUGACAUAACACCAGGAGUGAUACCAGGAAGUAACCAAGUAGGGCAAAUCAGUGUGAACGAGUGUAUUUUAAGACCUGAUAUUUGCGGACAAGGAAAGUGUGUGGAUACUAUUCAAGGAUAUGAUUGUUUGUGUGACCCUGGCUACAGACUAAAUCACAACAAUAUUUGUGAAGAUAUCGACGAAUGCAGAGAGGGUAAAUGCAUCAACGGCCGUUGCACGAAUCUUCCAGGAAGUUUUUCCUGCCUUUGUCCACCAGGAUUCGAUGUAACUCCAGACGGUACUAUGUGCACAGACCACGACGAAUGUUCUGAAAUAGGAAUGUGCACCAACGGCAUUUGCAUCAACAUGGACGGUAGCUUCAAGUGUCAGUGUAAGCCAGGCUUCAAGUUGUCUCCAACUGGAUACGCUUGUAUAGAUAUUGAUGAAUGUUAUGAGAAUCCUAGAAUAUGUCUUAAUGGACGAUGCCAAAAUACAGCGGGAUCAUAUGCUUGUGCAUGUUUGCCAGGUUUUGUUGAAUCCAGUGACAGUACGUUCUGUAUUGAUCUAGAUGAAUGCUCAUCUACAGGUAUGUGUGAUCAUGGCAAAUGUAUCAACAUGGAGGGUUCCUUCAGGUGCGUUUGCGAUCCAGGUUACCGUCUUGGUCCAGAUGGUAAACAUUGUGCUGAUAUUGAUGAGUGCAUUAAUAAUCCUUGCCAGUUUGGUAACUGCUACAACACACCGGGUAGCUUUAGAUGCGAGUGUCAUCUCGGAUUCAGUUUAGGCCCUGACGGUAGAUCUUGCUUGGACAUCCGAAGAGAUCUGUGCUAUCAAGAAUACAGAGACGGGCUAUGCUUUAAUCCAUCCACCACUGCUGUUACUAAAUCGAGUUGUUGCUGUUGUACCAUCAUUUCUGGAAAACCUAUGGGUUGGGGUACCACGUGUCAACCUUGUCCGAUGCCAGGAACCACAGAUUUCGAUCUCUUAUGUCCUCACGGUCCAGGUUCCACUUUUGACGGUAACGAUAUCAAUGAGUGUGCCCAGAAUCCAAACAUUUGCCAAAACGGAGCUUGUGAAAAUAUGAUAGGGACCUACAGAUGUAUUUGCAAUCCAGGAUUUGAAGUGGACGAGACUGGGAAAAUAUGUACGGAUAUCAAUGAGUGCGAAGUGGAAGAAUUGGUGUGCAGCGGGGGACAAUGCAGGAACACACCUGGCAGCUUCCAGUGUAUCUGCCCCACCGGAACGCAGAUGAAUCCCAAGAACUUCGUUUGUGAAGACAUCGACGAGUGCCGAGAAUUGGGACCGGAGGCUUGCUUUAACGGAGAAUGCGUUAACAUACAUGGAUCUUACAAAUGUGAAUGUGAUCCCGGAUCUGUAUUGGAUAAUACUGGAAGGAUAUGUAUAGAUAAUCGUAAAGGAUCCUGCUGGACGACCCUGAACAGAGGCCGGUGCGAAAACGACUUGCCCCAGCUCAGCAGAAGAUCAGAAUGCUGUUGUUCCGUGGGAGUUGCGUGGGGAUCCCCUUGCGAAAGGUGUAACAGAAAUGAAUGUGACUGUCCCAAGGGAUACGCCAAGACUGACGGAAAGACUUGUACCGACAUCAACGAGUGUGAUCUCAAUCCAGACAUUUGCAGAGGUGGUGGUACUUGCGUCAAUACCGAUGGUAGUUUUACUUGUUCUUGUCCACCUGGGUUAACUUUGGAUGAAACUAGAACCAAAUGUCUAGACAUCCGUCAAGAACAAUGCUACACGAAAUACAAACACGGAAAAUGCGUAUCUCCAAUUGAUGGUUUCUUCCACAAAAGUCUCUGUUGUUGUUCUCAGAUCGGUAAGGCAUGGGGUGACCGUUGUGAUGCCUGUCCAAGACCAGGAACCUCGGCAUUUAACGAGCUAUGUCCUAAAGGAUUGGGAUUUUUGGACAAGAAAGACAUUAACGAGUGUACUGACUUCCCAGGUAUUUGUCAGAAUGGAAGAUGCAGGAACACCAUUGGUGGAUAUAGUUGUAAAUGUAAUAAAGGAUAUGAUUAUGAUGAUAACAAGGUGAAAUGUAUUGAUAUUGAUGAGUGUAAUUUAACAACCGAAAACGUUUGUGGAAAUGGUGUGUGUAAAAACGUUCCAGGGGAUUUCAUUUGUGAAUGUAACGAGGGAUAUAGAACAAUGGCACCUAUGCAAAUUUGUAUGGAUAUCGACGAAUGUGAAGAGAUUCCUGGAGUUUGUCGAGGUGGACGAUGUCUCAAUUCUGAAGGAUCUUAUAGAUGCGAAUGCCCACCAGGCCAUGAACUAUCACCAGAUAAACAAUCCUGUAAAGAUAUUGAUGAAUGUUCCAGAUCGAGUGGAAUUUGUUCCAAUGGUGUGUGUGAAAACAUGAUGGGAACUUACCAGUGUAUCUGUAACGAGGGAUAUAGGCAGACUGGGCAAAAGUCACAUUGCGAAGAUAUUGAUGAAUGUGAUGAUGAACCAUGCGAUGACAUAUGUGUCAACAUUCCAGGAAGCUUUUCAUGUACAUGCGGUAAUGGAUACACUCUUAACACCGACGGAAAAUCAUGUGCCGACAUCGAUGAAUGCAAGGAAAAUCCAAGAAUUUGUAAUGGAGGACGAUGUACGAAUACUAUUGGUAGCUACAUAUGCCAUUGCACUGAAGGUUUGAUACCUGGACCUAGUGGAACUUCCUGUAUUGACAUCGAUGAAUGCAAACAACGACCAAAUAUCUGUGGUGCUGGUGAGUGUAUUAACACUCUUGGAUCAUUCCACUGUCGAUGUGAAGAGGGGUACUCGGUGAAACCUGAAGGAGGGCCUCAGUGUACCGAUGAAGAUGAAUGUUAUUUGGGAACUUACAACUGUGAUGAAAGUGCUGACUGUAUUAACAAUCCAGGUUCCUACCAAUGCCGAUGUCAAGAUGGUUUCACCGGAAAUGGACUCCAUUGUCGUGACGUCAAUGAAUGUUUAACCAAUAAUGGUGGAUGUGAUCAAAAUGCACAAUGCAUAAAUAAUGAUGGUUCGUUCAGAUGUGAAUGUGACGCAGGCUUCAAAGGUGACGGCUACACAUGUAGCGACAUAGACGAAUGCUCCAACGACCCCACUCUUUGCGAAAAUGGCCAAUGUGUCAAUUAUCCAGGAUCGUUUAGAUGCGAGUGCGAGAUGGGCUUUAUGCAUCCACAAGAAGGCAACGAGCAAUCCUGUGUUGAUAUUAACGAAUGUGACAUGUUCAACAACCUUUGCGUUUACGGAAAAUGCGAAAACACCUUCGGCUUCUUCCGUUGCGAGUGUAAUGAUGGCUACAAACUUGACAGCUCUGGUGGCAACUGUACCGACAUCGACGAAUGUGAAAGUCCACAAUCUUGCCUCUAUGGAGAAUGUACCAACACCGAUGGCAGCUUUAAAUGUGUUUGUCCACCACAUCACGAUCUAGUAUCAGAAGGAAACGCUUGUAUAGAUAGAAGAACUUCACGAUGUUUCCUCAAAGUAGACGGACCUGGUAGAUGUUCUUCACCAACUGCCGAUUACGUCACCAAAGCAUCUUGUUGUUGUUCAGUAGGUCAAGGUUGGGGACCUAGUUGUGAUCUUUGUCCUCAUCCAGACAGUCAGGAAUACCAGCAAUUGUGUCCUGGAGGAAUGGGUUAUAAACCAAAUGAUAUAACGGUUGUUCUUGAAGAUAUAAACGAAUGCGAGGAACACAAAAACAUUUGUCAAAACGGCCACUGUACGAACACAUUCGGCAGCUUCAUGUGCUCGUGUAAUGAAGGAUACCGGCUGGAUCCAACUGGUUUCCAGUGCAUUGAUGUGAACGAAUGCUUCGAAAAUCCUAGCAUUUGUAACGUAGGAGAAUGCGUUAACGAACCUGGUAAAUACUAUUGCCAGUGUCCUGAAGGAUACAUGCCGAUGCCAGGAAGACGUGAAUGUGUUGAUAUGCGCAAAGACCUCUGUUUCCUUAACUACAGCAGAUGGAGGUGUUCUACACCCAUGACACAAAAUCAAACGAGAAAACUCUGCUGUUGUUCCAUGGGUCAAGCUUGGGGUCAACCUUGCGAACCUUGUCCAAUUGCUGGCACCAGUGAGCACGUAAGUUUAUGUGGAGUUCGUCCUGGACAAAUAGUAAAUCCCAUUACCAAUGAGACAAUGGAGAUUGAUGAGUGUGAAUUGAUGCCGUCUAUGUGCAAACAUGGACAAUGUAUUAACACACCUGGAAGUUUCGAAUGUAUGUGCAACAGAGGCUAUAUUUACGACGAAAACUCUCAUCAAUGUAUUGAUGACAACGAAUGUUUGAGAAAUCCUUGCGAAGGAAAUGCUCAAUGUCUCAAUCUUCCUGGUAACUUCGAAUGCAAGUGUCCCGCAGGAUAUAAACACGGAUCUACGUUCAUGGAUUGUGUGGAUAUUGAUGAGUGUUUGGAAAAGCCACAUAUUUGUCAAAACGGUGACUGCAAAAACUUAGAGGGAAGCUUCCAGUGUAUUUGUCCCACAGGAUAUUUGUUGACUUCUGAUAGGGACACUUGCUUGGACAUCGAUGAAUGCCAGCGCCAUCCCAACAUUUGCAACAACGGCAGUUGUAUUAACAUGGUGGGCCACUACAAGUGCCAUUGCCAUCCAGGAUUUAAACUAAGUAACAACAACGACUGUGUAGAUAUAGACGAGUGCCAUAUGAUGCCGUUCUUAUGUAGAAAUGGAAGAUGCAGAAACACCUUAGGAUCUUUCUACUGCGAGUGUGCUUCUGGAUACGUUUUGACGCAUGACAAGCAUAACUGUAGGGAUAUUGAUGAAUGCCAAGAAACUCCUGGAGCUUGUCCACCUCCUGGAAAAUGUACAAACGUUAUGGGAUCAUUCGUUUGCAGUUGCCCCGAAGGAUACGAACUCAGCACUGUGACUGGAAUUUGCGAAGAUAUCGAUGAAUGUGUGGUCAAUGUUGGAAUAUGCGAAAAUGGUAUAUGCACAAACACAGACGGUGGAGCGUUUUGUACAUGUCAAGAAGGAUUUAUACUUGAUCAGGCAACAAUGAAAUGUAUAGAUGUCAGACAAGAGCAAUGUUACGACGUUUUUAACCGUGGUCAGUGUUCAGAGCCCAGAGGUAUGAGUAUUACUGCCAAAGAAUGCUGUUGUUCUAAAGGAGCAGCUUGGGGAAGAUACUGCGAAAGGUGUCCUCCAGAAGGUUCCGUCGAUUUCUUGAAAAUGUGUCCAGAAGGUCCAGGCAGAAUGGACACCGGCAGCGAUCUUAACGAAUGCGAGCUGAUGCCAAACGUAUGUGAUGGAGGUGAGUGUGUUAACACUGAUGGUUCCUUUAGAUGUGAUUGUCCCACUGGCUUCGUGUUAGACUCCACGGGUAAAAAAUGUAUUGACGACAACGAGUGUGUGUCGUCUCCAAACGUUUGUGGUAAUGGCACUUGCAGUAACGUAGAGGGAGGAUUUGAAUGUAACUGCAGCGAUGGAUUUGCUCCAGGACCAUUACAGGUAUGUGAAGAUGUUAACGAAUGUCACGAAAUAGGUAAUCAAUGUGCAUUUAGAUGCCAUAACGUCCCAGGAUCUUUCAGGUGUAUCUGUCCGUAUGGUUAUGCCUUAGCACCUGAUGGCAGACAUUGCACAGAUGUCGAUGAAUGUAGUACUCCUGCCAACAACUGCAAAUUUAUGUGUAAGAACCUGAUUGGUACGUUUAUGUGUAUCUGUCCUGCAGGAUACAGUCAAGUGGCUCUAACCGAUGACUGUAUCGAUAUAAACGAAUGUGAAGAUGAGGACGUUUGUAAUAAUGGAAAAUGCAUCAAUCUCCAAGGUAGCUUUAGGUGCGACUGUGAGGAAGGAUUUGAACCUAGUCAAGACGGAAAAAGAUGUGUAGACAGAAGACAAGGCAUGUGCUAUAGACAACUCAUCAACGGAAGAUGCAGAGCUCCUUACAACGAAUUAAAGUUGUCAACAAUGGCUGACUGCUGUUGCUCUAUGGGAGAAGCAUGGGGUCCUCACUGCGACCUAUGUCCAUCUAGAUAUACACCACAAUAUCAGGAAUUGUGCUUAGAUAGCGGAUUCUUAGUGGACGGAAAAGAUGUAAACGAAUGUGAAACCAUCCCAGAUUUGUGUAAAAAUGGAGAAUGUAUCAAUACUUUGGGAUCCUACAGAUGUAUUUGCAAUAAAGGCUAUAGACCAGAUCCAUCAGGACUCUAUUGUUAUGACAUUAAUGAAUGCUAUACCAACACAUCCCAUUGCCAAUACAAUUGCCACAACACCGAAGGUAGCUACACUUGUUCGUGUCCACCUGGAUUCUUACUUAAUCCCGAUGGUCUGACCUGUAGAGACUUGGACGAAUGCGCCACAGGCCAACAUAUUUGCCAACAGAAUUGUAUAAAUACAGAAGGAAGUUAUAAGUGUUCUUGUGACGAUGGAUACAACCAAGUCGGUGAUAAUUGCCAAGAUAUUAAUGAAUGCGAAGAACCUGGUGUCUGUCCUAAACCAGGAAGGUGCGUAAAUACAUUGGGAAGCUUUAAAUGCAUCUGCCCAAGGCGAUUCAAGUUGGACCAAAGUGGAACUUUCUGCGUGGAUAUUGACGAAUGUGCAGAUGACACCAAAUGUCAAGAAGGAUGUCAAAACUUAGUAGCAGGAUACAGAUGCGGUUGUCCUCAAGGCUAUGCACAACAUCCUUAUUCUAAUCAAUGCGUUGAUGAAAAUGAGUGCCAAAACAAUCCAUGUGGAGGUAGUGGAAACUGUUUCAAUACUCCUGGUAGCUAUAGAUGUGGAUGUCCAGAAGGUUACCAAUUUGAUAUGGGACUCAAUAUAUGCAUACAGGUCAGUCCCAGCUGUUCUGGAGCACCAUGUGCCUUUGGAUGUAACAGCAGAGGACCAGGAUACACCUGUGGUUGUCCCCACGGAUAUCAACGUAUUGGUCAAGGACACUGUCUAUCAACCAUCACACCAGUUUAUUCGGGAUAUGGUCAGGACAUAGGAGAUGUUCCUGUUUAUCCUAUCGAGGAUGAAUACUCAGGAUCUAAGGAUAAAUUAAUAACUACAGAAGGAUGCUUCUCUUGUAAAAUUAACGGCAGGCAUAGACGAUCUUCCAGACGCCGAAGAUUAGCUAGAGCAUCACACAACGAAACCAUUGCAGAACUCUUCAAGACGGAACCAGCCAAGAGAAGGAUCAGAAGGCAUAAACACGAUGAAGUUGAAGAGUCUUUGGAAAUUAAAUUAGAUAUAUCUCAGACAAGACAUAGAACUAGAAUUAUAAAAUUGCAACCUGCUGUUAAGACUGAAAUGAUCUACAAAAUAGUGAAAGGUAACGAAGAAAAGAAAUUCGAACUCAUCAAGAAACACGGCGUUUGGGCACUACAUUUCCGAAAACGACUAAAACAACCCGGCGAAUUUGAGUUGAUCAUCCACGGCAAACCGCAGAUAGUCAUUCUGGAAGCCGAAUCGUACGACAAACCCCUAACACUCAAAGUCAAAAUAGUUGUGACGGAAGAUUAG